CUUCCAUCUCUUGUCAUAAAUUGGAUGUAAUAAGUUCAAACAACGCAUUGUCAGCCAAUCACUAUCUUAAAGCUUUCUGUUUUUCACUUUUCUCUUCUAGUUCACAAUGGAUUUUGGAAGUAUAAUGAAAUCUCUGGAGCACAAGAGCAUCUUGAUCACUGGUACUAGUGGCUUCCUUGCAAAGAUUUUCAUGGAGAAAGUGCUUAGGUCCCAACCUAAUGUCAAGAAGCUGUUUAUCUUGUUAAGAGCAGAGAAUGAUACCUUUGCUGCUCAAAGACUGCAAAAUGAAGUAUUCGGAAAGAAAGUAUUUAGGGUUUUGAAAGAAGAACAUGGAACUGGUUUCGAUUCGUUCAUUUCGAACAAAGUAACUGCUGUCGCAGGAGACAUUUCCUUUGAGAACUUGGGUAUAAAAGACUCCACUUUGAAGGAAGAGAUGUGGAGAGAAAUCAACCUCAUCAUCAAUGUUGCAGGAAAUACCACCUUUGAUGAGAGAUACGAUGUUGCUUUAAGCACCAAUGCACUAGGAGUUAAGCACAUCUGUGAGUUUGCAAAGAAAUGCACCAAACUAGAAUUGCUUUUCCAUGUUUCCACAGCUUAUGUCACUAGAGAAAGGGAAGGAAUCAUAUUAGAGAAACCAUUUCAAAUGGAAGAAGCUUUUGGUGAAAACCAUAGCUUUCUUGACAUUGCAGUAGAACAAAAACUGGUCCAAGAAAGAUUGACGGAACUUCAAGAAGAGAAGGCUACAGAUAAGGCCAUAAAGCUUGCCAUGCAAGAGCUGGGGUUACAAAGGGCUAGGUUGUUUGGCUGGGCAAACACAUAUGUCUUCACAAAGGUAAUCGGUGAGAUGCUUCUCGGGCAUCUCCGAGGGGAUCUACCUACCGUUAUCUUGCGUCCGACCAUUAUCACAAGCACUUACAGAGAACCAUUCCCUGGUUGGAUUGAAGGCUUCAGGACCAUUGAUUCUCUGAUUGUGAGCUAUGGCAAGGGGAAGUUGAAUCACUUUCUAGCAGAUCCUGAGGCACCACUAGAUGUGGUUCCUGGAGAUUUCGUGGUGAAUGCGAUGUUAGCGACGAUGGCCGCUCAUUCUCGUCAAUGUUCGAAUCAAUUCAUCUAUCACGUUAGCACAUCUUCAAGGAAUCAAGUGAAAAACAAUGAUCUGGUUGAUUUUAUUUACCAGUACUUCUCCAAGAAUCCAUGUCUUGGAAGGGAUGGAAUGCCUGUUAGGGUUACCAGAGGUUCUCUACUUACAACAAAGACUAGCUUCAACAAUCUCAUGACUGUAUAUUAUAAGCUACCAAUUCAGGUCUUACGAGUUGUGAAUGCAUUAUCUUUCCAAUCUUUGGAGGAUAUAUAUCACAAUCUCAAUCGGAAAUACACAUUGAUAACGCGUUUUGUUGAUCUGUAUGAGCAUUUUGCAUUUUUCGAAGCAAGAUUUGAUGACUCAAACUUGAAGAAAUUGAGAAUGGGUAUAAAAGAUGACAAGAUAACUCCCAUGAAAUUCUAUUUAGAUCCGAAGUGCAUCAAUUGGGAAGAUUACUUCAUCAAUAUUCAUAUUCCUGGCCUUGUUCAACACUCCAUCAAAUGAAAGCUCAAAAAGUUGAAAGUUAUAGAUUGGUUUCCUCCAAUUCAUCCAUUUCUUCUCAUUUGUUCUCCUAAUCUGAUUUUAUUUUCAUGUCAAGAAGUGUAUUUUGGUUUCUGAUCAGGACUCUAGAGUAAAGCAAAAGUUAUCUAAGUUGUAUGUAUCUAAGCGUCUCUUUCCUAGUUCUUUGUGUGUAGGGUAUUAGGUUUCCUUUAAAGGGAAUUAUUAUCUUAAAAAACGUGUAAUGAAAUGUCUUCAAUUCCUCUUCUACAAGAAAAGCGGGCAUUAGCCACACUUACUAA